AUGCUCGCAGCACACGACCAGGAAAAUCGCCUAAUUGGACACAGCCUAGGCGGUGCAUCGGGAAAGCAGCAAGCACUACAGCCGAAGACACCGGGAGCCAAGUUUCCAAAGACGCCGCUGAAAAAGAUGCCGUUUAACGACCAGAACGGAGCGACGCGGCUGGCGGCCGGCCGAAGCGUCUUGGGAGGACGGCUUGGUGGGGGGAUCGAGAACAUGCAGCAGACGGUCGGGAAGGCGGGCAAGGCUGGCGUCUUGGCCACACCUCGUGAGCCGAGAACUGUACGAGCACCUCUGGGCAACAAGACGACCAAUGCAAAGGCCCAGACGCUCUACCAGCACCAGCAGCAGCAGCUGCAGAAGCAGGGCGUCAAGGAGCGGAUCAAGGAGAUUGAGAAGUCAGCACAGCAGGCGCAGCCGACGUCGACACGACGGGCCCGUGUGAUCUCGCCGCGUGUCAACCCGUCUAAGCUGUCGGUGCUGAACGACAAGCGGGCUGGCGGGAGAGGCGACCGGGACAACGCCGAGGUGGAAUACGCACCGCCGCCGGUGGUAGCACGGCCGUUCGAAUCGGAUGUGUUCCCCAACGGCGCGCUCACGUUUGCGGCGUUCCGGCCGGCCAAUCGGCUGCGCGGCUACUACGACCACUACUACAACCCGGUCGAUGCGAACGGGCUAUCCCGACGGGACAAGGAGCUGGCCGAGAAGCAGCAACGGGCGUUUGAGAAGCUCGACAUAUGCGUGCAGGACGAUCUGAACUCGCUCGACUGGUCCAUUGGAGACGUGCCGGCCAGUAAGGGCUUCGUCGCGAAGCAGAAGCAGACACAGACACAGACAACGGGUCUGGCCAAACAAGCGCCAGCAACGAUUGCCGUUCGCAACGCAGCAGCAGCACUGGCCCUGGGCGCCAAGAGCGGCCCGCCGCAGUCCAAGGUCGGCAGGCCUGCAGGCGUCCGGACGGCAGCGACAGCGGCGUCUUCAUCGUCGACGUUCGUAUCUGGUCUACCACUCCGCAAAGGGCUGCCAGCCAAGUCGGUGCUGGCCCACCGGCCCAAGACCAGCCACUACGCCGUUGCAGAGACGGCUUCCCGCACGACGCUCGGCUACACCAAGGGCCGGACUGCACUGUCGCUUGUGCGAGGGAAUACGGUGGCCGGCCGUCCGCCUGCAGGGCGCUCUGCAGUCACUGCACGGCCAAGGACAGCUGGCGGCGUGCUGGAGAGCGGGUCUUCUGCUGCUGUAACACCGGUGUAUAAGGCUGAGAUGGGGGCCGUGACGACAGAAGAGGUUGUCAGCAUGGGUGCCGACGACGACGACGGCGACGCCUCUACGAGGACUCCUGCAUUUGUGUCGAUCUUUGACGUCGAAGAAGAAUCGGGCGAAUUGGGCGGGGCGGGUACGGUGAUCAACGACGAUCUGGACGACGACUUCCAGCUGGACGUGCAGUUUUAG